GGGUUGAUCUGUCUGUCACAAUCGAGAGCUAAGUUUAUCAUUGCCAGAGGCACUACUACCAGAGACUGUCUAGGAGAUCCUGCCUCUCUUUACUGCUGCCUGAGCUUUUGCUCUCUCUUGGGGCUAAUAUUCACUUCACUCAAGCUACCUUUUAGUUUUUUUUCUGAGUACUUUGGGUAAGGGGAAAGGUUACGAAGAUGCAGUCCUGCGCCAGGUGUGGGUUUGUGGUGUACCCAGCGGAGAAGAUCAAUUGUAUUGAUCAGAACUGGCACAAAGCAUGCUUUCACUGCGACGUCUGUAAAAUGGUGCUCACAGCCAAGAACUUUGUUAGCCACAAGAAGCGGCCAUACUGCUCUGUACACAAUCCAAGAAACAAUAUGUUCACCAGUGUCUAUGAGACCCCCAUCAAUGCCAAGAAGCAAGCCAUUGCCAGCAGUGAGCAGGACUAUCGGGCUAAGUUUGAGGAGCAGCAGACCUACUCGUACUCAGGCACCAUCACCAACCAGGAGAUUGUGAGCGUGACACAGGCCCAAAAGACCAUCAGUGAUGUCAAAUACACUGAGGAAUAUGAGCAGAGUAAAGGAAAAGGCAGCUUAUCCACCAUGAUCACACCAGGAUACCAGAUUUCCAAGAAACCAAAUACCUUGCCCAGCAGCUAUGUCUACACUGAAGAGUAUGAACAGCAGUUGGGUAAAGGCAGUUUCCCCGCACAUCUCACUCCUGGCUACCAAGUUUCAAAGAAAGCCACAGAGAUGGCCAGUGGUGUGAAGUACCGUCAGAUGUAUGAGCAGGAGAUGAAGGGAAAGGCCACCUCAGAUGCUGGGGCAGCAGAAUUCACUUCUGCCAGAGAAAAUGCUGGGAACUUCAGCCAGAUUGCCUACACUGAAGAGUACGAGCAGCAGAGAGGGAAGGGCAGUUUCCCAGCCAUGAUCACUCCUGCCUACCAGCUUGCCAAGAAAGCCCAGGCCCACGCCAGUGAUCUGAAAUACAAGAAGGACCUGAAUAAGAUGAAGGGCUCAUCCCACUUCCACAACCUGACCAGUGAGGACAACCUGGCCCUGAAGAGCGCCCGCAAAAUCAACAAGAUUGUCAGCGAGGUUGAGUACAAGAAGGACCUUGAGAACACUAAAGGCCACAGCAUCAACUACUGUGAGACGCCCCAGUACAAGAAUGCAUCCAAGGCUGCCAAGUUCAGCAGUGAUAACAAGUACAAGGAGAAGUAUACCAACCACAUGAAAGGGCACUAUGAAGGCUCUGAGAUGGACAAGAAUGCUGUACACGCUAUGAACGUCAGAAAGCUGGCAAGCAAUAUUGCCUACAAGCAGGAGUAUGAGCAGGAGAAAACUGACCAUGUAGAAUACAACUACCCAGCCACCAUCACACCAGGCUACCAGAGUCAGAGGAAACUGGAUCCACUCAAGGACAAGAACUACAGACAGCACAUUGACCAAGUCAAGUACAGCUCGGUGACAGAUACCCCUGACAUCGUCCAAGCCAGGAUCAACGCUCAACAACUCAGCAAUGUUAACUACAGACAACACAUUGACCAAGUCAAGUACAGCUCGGUGACAGAUACCCCUCAAAUCGUCCAGGCCAGGAUCAACGCUCAACAACUCAGCAAUAUAAAAUACAAGGAGGACUGGGAGAAGACCAAGUCCAAAACAUGUGACAUCGGCCUGGACACGCUGACCGUCAAGGCUGCCAAAGCAUCUCGGGACCUGGCCAGUGAUAUUAAGUACAAAGAGUCAUUCAUGAAAAAUAAAGAUAAGACAAGCAAUGUCAGCGACUCCAAGACCCUGCACUCUCUUCAGGCGUCCAAGAUGACCAGUGAGAUUGAGUACAAGAAGAACUCCAAGGAGAACCAGUCCCAGUUCAGCUUGUCCAUGGACAUGGUCAACCUGAGCCAUGCUAAAAAAGCCCAGGCCCUUGCCAGCGACCUGGACUACAGGACGAAGCUCCACCACUACACCAUCCUAUCCGACGACAUCCAAGUACAGCAGGCCAAAAAGGCCUAUAACCUGCAGAGCGAGAAUCAAUACCGUUCAGAUCUGACCUGGAUGAAGGGAGUUGGCUGGGAGGCUGAUGGAUCUCUGAAUGUGACCCAAGCCAAGAAGGCUGGAGAGCUUCUCAGUGACAAAAAGUACCGUCAGAAAGUGGACGACGUCAAGUUCACCCAGGUGGCCGAUACUCCCUCUAUCAAACACGCCAAGAAGAGCCAGGAACUGCAGAGCAAGCUAACGUAUAAGGCGGGCAACGAACAGAUGAUGCACCAGUACACCAUGGAUAAAGAUGAGCCACUCUUCAGGCAGGCCAAAGCCAAUGCAGACCUCCUCAGUGGGAAAGUGUAUAAGAGUAGCUGGGAGCAACAGCGAGAAAAGGGCUUUGAGUUGCGCAUGGACUCCUUGUCCAUCCUCACAGCUAAGGCUAAGAGAGACCUGGCCAGUAACGUGAAAUACAAGGAGAAGUACGAGCAGACUAAGGGGAAGAUGAUUGGGGUGAAGAUGGUCACUGACGACUCUCAGAUGGCGCACUCGGCUCUGGCCACCCGGUUGCAGAGUGAUCGCCACUACAGAAAGAAGUACGAGGACACUAAAACCAAGCAUGGUGCCUCUUUGGACAUGUUGACCAUGACCCACGCCAAGAAGGCCCAGGAUCUGGCAACUGAGACCAACUACAGGACCUUCCUGCACAAGUACACAACCCUGCCCGGCGACAUGAAGGUGGCCUGGGCCAAGAAGGCCUACGGACUACUGAGUGAUAAACAGUACAGGUCGGAUCGGAACUGGAUGAAGGGCGUGGGCUGGGUGGCAGCAGAUUUCCUGGAUGUGAAACAAGCAAAGAAGGCUGGCGAGCUCGUUAGCGAGAAAAAGUACCGUCAACAUGUCAGCGAUCUGAAGUUCACCAGCGUGGAGGACACUCCCGAGAUGGUCCAGGCCAAACUCAGCAACAAACUGGCCCUAGACAGGCUGUACAGGGAAAAGGGGGAACAUAUGAAGCACAACUACACACUCUCCGGAGAUCUGCCUGAACACGUGCAGGCCAAGCUCAAUGCCAUGAACAUCAGUGAGACCCGCUAUAAGGAGUCGUGGACUAAAAUCAGAGAUGGUGGCUACAAGCUCCGUUUGGAUGCCAUUCCCUUCCAGUCAGCCAAAGCGUCUGGGAACAUACUUAGUGAUCACAAGUACAAGGAGCAGUUUGAAAAGACCAAGGGGCAUAUGAUUGGACUGAAGGGACUGGAGAACGACAUGAACAUGUCUCACUCUGUGAAUGCCAGUAAACUGCAGAGUGACAUCAAGUAUAAGCAGGACUCUGUGAAUAAGCGCUCUCAGUACCACCUUUCUAUGGACAUGUUGGAGAUGGCCCAUGCUAAAAAGGCCCAGACCCUGGCCAGUGAGCAGGACUACCGGCUUACACUCCACCAGUACACUACUCAACCCGAUGACAUGAAGGUGCAGGCCGCUAAGAGAGCCUACCAACUACAGAGCGAGAAAGUGUACCGCGCUGACCUGAACUACCUGCGUGGUGUAGCCUGGAUCAGCACCGGGGCCCUCCAGAUGGAGGGCUUCAAAAGGGCCACAGACCUUAUUAGUGAGAAAAACUACCGUCAGCAGCCCUGCUCCUUCAAGCACACAUCUGUCGCAGACUCACCAGACAUUGUCCAUGCCAAACUCAGCAAUAAGCUUACCAACGAGCGCCUGUACAAGAUGAAAGGGGAGAAUGACAGGCAUAACUACACAAUGACAUUGGAGAGACCAGAGAUAACACAGGCUAAGAUCAACGCGGCUAACUUCAGCGAGACCAAGUACAGGGAGUCAUGGCACACUCUAAGGGCUCAGGGCUACAAACUGACCAUGCAGGACAUCCCCUUCCAGGCUGCCAAAACCUCAAUGGAUUUAGCCAGCGACGUCCAAUACAAGCACCACCACCUGCUGGAUAAGGGCAAGCACAUCGGCGCCCGCAGCAUUCUGGAUGACCCGCGCAUGCUACACUGCAUGCAGAUGGGCCGGCUGACGAGUGAGCAGGAGUACCGCAAAGACGCACUUUCCACCAGCGGCCAGUACCACCUCAAUCCAGAUAUGAUCAAUUUAGUGACAGCCAAGAACGCCCAAGCUCUGGCCAGCGAUCAGGACUACAGGAAGAGGCUCCAUGCGUACACUGUCCUCCCUGACGAUAUUAAAGUCCAAUGGGCCAAGAAGGCCUAUAACCUGCAGAGCGAGAAACUGUACAAGUCGGAUCUGAACUUCAUGAAGGGCGUGGCCUGGGAUGGUGUGGGUGCGCCUCAAAUGGAGUUGGCAAAGAAAGCCGGAGAACUCACCAGUAAUAAGAAAUAUCGUCAACUGCCAGACAGUCUGAAGUUCACCCAAGUGGCGGACUCUCCAGACAUUGUUCAUGCUAAGAACAGCUACCUCCAGUGCAGUGAGAGGCUGUAUAAGUCUGGAGACUCGGACGCCAUGCACAAAUACACCUUACAUGCCGACGACCCAGACUUCAUCAGAGCAAGGAUCAACGCCCAGCAGAUUAGCAAUAAAGCCUAUAAAGCGUCUGGGGAUGAGAUGAGGUCGGCAGGCUACGACUUGAGGCUGGAUGCUAUUCCCUUCCAGACGGCCAAGGCUUCCACGAAUAUCGCCAGUGAUUUCCGCUACAAGGAAGCCUUUGUGAAGGAGAAGGGUCAGCAGGUGGGGCUGCUCAGUGUCGAAGAUGACCCAAAGAUGGUGCACUCCCUGGCAGCCAGCAAGCUCCAGAGCUGCCUGGGGUACAAGAGGCAGGCUCAAGAGACGCGCUCCCAGUUCAAGAUGCAUGCCAACCAGCCUGUGUUCCAGCAGGCCAAGAAGAGCCAAGCUCUGGCCAGCAACCAGACCUAUCACCAGAGGCUCCAUGACUACACCUUUGACCCCCAGCAGCUCAACGUCCAACACGCCAAGCAGGCCUACAAGCUGCAGAGUGACGUGAACUACAAGUCAGAUCUGAACUGGAUCAGGGGUGUGGGCUGGACCCCCCCUGGCUCCCAUAAGGUGGAGAUGGCCCGGCGGGCUGCAGAACUGGGCCUGACGGAGAGCGUGAGCACUGAGGAGGCCAUUGCCCAGUACCAACACAUGAUGAUGAUGCAGCAGAUGGAGGAGCAGCAGCAGCUGUCAGAACCUGUUGAGACCAGCAAAGAGUUCCAGCAGUCGGGAGUCAAUCUAGACGCAAUGGAGAUCCUCCACGUCAAGAGGAAGAAGACCAUCCAAACGGUGAAGAAGUCCAAUUCCUCCUCCAUGGAUAGCAGCGUCAAGAAGUUAAUGAUGUCUUCCAACUCAGCCAUAGAGUCAAUGAUGGCUUCCACCUCUGUCUCAGCCAUUGAGAACACAGUCAAGAUGUCCACAACGAGUGAGGCAUCGGCCAUAGAAAAUGCUUAGACAAUGUUGUGAGAAGGUGUUGCCUUAGGGCACGUAUCGCACUUAUUCCACGGAGGGGGCCGAGUGUCUGUGCGUUUUCACUCCUCCCUUGUACCUGAUUGAUUAAUUAAGGUCACUAAUUGGUAAGGAACUCACCUCAUCUGGUUGUCUAGGUCUUAAACCAGCAGACACUUGGCCCUCCAUGGAAUGAGUUUGACACCCCUGCCCUAGGGGGUAGGUGGACGUUGCUUCUAACUGAUAUAGGGUCUGGUCUUUUUUAAUUCACCUGAUGGAUGAAGUAAGGGAUUGGAGUUGGGUUACCUGAUCCUAGAUCUAUUAAGAGCAAUUUCUACCCCAAGAUACAAUUAGAUAAUGUUGAGGGAACUGUGCAUGUAGAAUCAGGAAGGGAAUUGAAAAGUGCUGUAAGUGGUUUAUGUUGAAGGUUACCUCAUUACACAUUCAUAACCCAUACACAACAUUCAUAAGAAAGUAUAUGAGAAUGUCAUAAUUUAUUUUUCAACAAUGACAAGUUUAUAUUUUUGUUACAGUGCCUUCAGAAAGUAUUCAUACCCCUUGACUUCAUAUUGCUCCACAUUUUGUUGCGUUACACCCCGAAUUCAAAAUGUAUUAAAUCCAUUUUUUUCCUUACCCAUCUACACACAAUACCCCAUAAUGACAAAGUGAAAACAUGUUUUUAGAAAUGUUUGCAAAUGAAAUAUCUAAUUUGCAUAAGUAUUCACCCUGAAGCAAUUCUUGUUAGAAGGAUCUUUGGCAGCGAUUACAGCAACAAGUCUUUCUGGGUAAGUCUCUAAGAGCUUUGCAUACCUGGAUCGUACAAUAUUUGCACAUUUAUUAUUUAUACAAUUCUGUCAAGUUGGUUGUUGAUCAUUGCUAGGCAGGCAUUUUUAAGUCUUGCCAUAGAUUUUCAAGCAGAUUUAAGUCAAAACUGUAACCAGGCCACUUAGAAUCAUUCAAUGUCAUCUUGGUAAGCAACUCAAGUGUAUUUUGGCUUUGUGUUUUAUGUUAUUGUCCUGCUGAAAGGUGAAUUGGCCUGCCAGUGUCUGUUGGAAAGCAGACAGAACCAGGUUUUCCUCCAGGAUCUGCGUAUGCAUAGUUCUAUUCGGGGGGGGGGGGGGGGGGUUUAUCCCCACAAAAUUCCUAGUCCUUUCCGAUGACAAACUUAACCAUAUCAUGAUGCAGCCACCACCAUACUUGAAAAUGGGAAGAGUGGUACUCAGUGAUGUUGUGUUGGAUUUGACCCAAAGAUAAUGCUUUGUAUUCAGGACAUAAAGUUAAUUUCUUUGCCACAUUUAUUUAAGUUUUACUUUUGCCUUAUUGCAUGUUUUGGAAUAUUUGUAUUCUUUACAAGCUUCUUUGUUUUCAGUCUGUCGUUUAGGUUAAUAUUGUGGUGGUGUAACUACAAUGUUGAUCCGUCCUCAGUUUUCUCCUAUCACACCCAUUAAACUCAGUAACUGUCAGGAACAGUCACCACUGGCUUCAGUGAAAUCCCUGAGCGGUAUCCUUCCUCUCCAGCAAGUUAGGAAGGACACCUGUAUUUUUGUAGUGACUGGGUGUAUUGAUACAUCAUCCAAAGUGUAAUUAAUAAAAGUGUACUUGUGUGCUGUAAAGUGUUAGUCCCAUGUUUCUUGAGCUGAAAUAAAAGAUCUUAGGAAUAUGCAUACGUAAAAAAAGGUUAUUUCUCUCAAAUGAUGUGCACAAAUUUGUUUACAUACCUGUUAGUGACCAUUUCUCCUUUGCCAAGAUAAUCCAUUCACCUGACAGGUGUGACAUAUCAAGAAGAUGAUUAAACAUGAUCAUAACACAGGUGCACCUUGUGCUGGGGACAAUAAAAGGCCACACUAAAAUGUGCUGUUUUGUCACACAACGCCACAAAUGUUUUGAGGGUGCGUGCAACUGGCAUGCUUUUUAAGGUAUCUGUGACCAUCUCUAUUCCAAUUCAUGUGAAAUCCAUAGAUUAGGGCCUAAUUCAUUUAUUUGAAUUUACUCAUUUGAAAUUGUUGCAUGUAUGCGUUUAUAUUUAGUAUAUGUGACUUGUUAAGCACAUUUUUACUCCUGAAUGUAUUUAGGCUUCCCAUAACAAAGGGGUUGAGAACUUAUUGACACAAGACAUUUCAACGUUUAAUUUUAAAUAAAUUUGUAAACAUUUCUAAAAACAUAA